CAAAUGGCGGAGCUAGCCCCUUCACCGACGCGCGGUAGCGAUCUGCAGAUCAUUGCCGACUACGACCUGCAGAACGGCGGCAAGGUCUGCCUCGCGCUGGGCGACAUUGUGACAUACGCUCCGGAGCAGGGCGGCGCGAUUGUCAACGCCGCGAAUAGAGGCUGCCAGGGCGGUGGAGGCGUUGACGGCGCCAUAACGCGCGCGGGCGGCGAAGAGCUCCGGAAGCUGCGGCGGCGGCUGCCGAAGCCGUUUCCAGGCGUCGAUGACCGCUGCGAAACGGGUGACGCCGUGCGGACGACCGCCCCGGAAGGUACCUCUCUAGGACGUUUGAACGUGAAGACCGUGAUCCACGCGGUUGGACCCGAUUACGCGGAGAAAAACAUGUCUCACGCCGAGUCCGACGGCCUCCUCCGGAAGGCCUACGGCGCCGCUAUCAGAGAGGCCGGCGCCGCGAAGGUCGAAACUGUGGCGUUUCCGCUGAUCUCGGCGAAGAUCUUCCGAGGCAACCGCGACCUCGGCGGGCUGCUAGAGCUGUCGCUCGACGCGCUCGUGACGGCAGCGGACGCCUCGUCGCUCAAGGAAGUGGUAUUGGUGGCGUUCUCGUCGCGGGAGUCUGACGCCCUCCUCGCGGCGGCGUGGCGCGCCAAGACCCUGCAGAAGCGGCCGCGCACGGCCUACGCACCGCGCGCGCGCCAGACGCCGAAGAAGGCGAAGGCGGCCGUCGACGUCGACCUCACGAGCGACACCUCGGAGGGGGGCGCGUCGCCGCGGGCCAAGAAGUCGCUCGACCCGGUCGACCUGACGAACGAUGACGGCGCGGCGGCCAAGCGCAAGGCGCCCGACGCGCCCGCGUCACUCGACCUCACUAUCGACGACGACGAUGCGGCCGCCUCCGCGCCGCAGACGGCCAAGAAGCCGCGGACCAAGGAUGGCGAUGCCGCGACGCCGAUCGAUGUGGAGGCGCUGGAGCUCGUCGUGGACCUCACGGAGGACAAUGGCGAGGACGACGACGACGACGACGUCCAGAUCAUCGAGCGGCCGAGGGAUCACGCGAAAAAGCUCCAGCGCCAGCUCAAUCGGUUCAAGGGCCGGAGCGGCGGCCGCGCUAGGUCGCUCAACGAGAUCAUGCGGGACCACGAGCGGCGGAAGAGCGGUGUCAUCGAUGUCGACGACGUCGACGACGACGCGGCACUGGCCCAGGCGCUCCAGGCGCGCGAGGACACGUUCGAGUCCGAUCGCGCGCUGGCGCGCAAGCUCGAAGCUGAACUUAACGGUGGUCCGGUGCGCAUGGCGCCGUCGAAGCGGAAGGCCGCGCCGGACACGUCCGGCGACGCGGCGCUCGCGCGGCGCCUCGCCGAGAAGGACCGCAAGGGCCGGCCCGGCCAGACCCCUUCCUGGGUCGGCAAGGCGAAGCCGAAGGACCGCUCGCCGGCGACGCCGGAGGGCUGGGCCGUCGACGACUCCGGUUUGCUGGACGUCCUGGCGGACCAGCGCAAGUCCAUCCGGUCCUGGCUCGCGACGAACGCGUCGGGCCUCCACAUCGCCGCGUGCGACGCGAACCCGCACUCGAUGCCGGGCAAGCCUUUGUAUAACCGGUUUGUGGAGUCGUGGCAGCGCGUUCCUGACCAGACGGUCAAACUGUGUUUCCACGGCACCGCGGAGGCGAACAUCGACGCGAUCUGCCGCGACGGCCUCGACCCGAAGCGCCGCUCGGGCCAGGCAUACGGUCCGGGCGAGUACUUCGGAGCCCCUGGCAACGCGGCCAUCUCGGUUGGUUACUGCAAGGGCGGCCGGAAAAUGCUCGUAUUUGCGGUGCUCGUCGACAAGUCUGGCCUGACGCUCGAUAACGGGUCUAUCAUAGUUGUGAACAAGCCAGAGUAUCAGUUGCCGCUCUUUGUAUUGACAUUUGCGGCCGGAGGUGCGGCUGCGCCGGCCAUGGCCCCGCCGAUGCCCGCGCCGAUACCAGGCGCCUCGCCGUUCGCCUUGAACGGCGUCGCCUCGGUCCAGGCUUAUCAGGCUCAGUUGGCGGCUCAGAGACAAGCCCAAUUAGCUCAGUUGCAGGCGCAGAGACAGGCUCAGUUAGCUCAGAUGUUGGCGCAGAGACAGGCUCUAUUAGCUCAGCUGCAGGGUGGCGGCUUCCCCGGAGGCUUUCCCUGGUGAGCCUCUCGAGCGACGAAAGUCCCACGAAGGGGGCGAGUCGUCUGUGUAAUACUUAUUCGUGACACUUCUUACGCGGGGCUAAACCUAGCGCAGCCGCACGACCUCCGCCGGCGCGUUCUUCCAGGUCGUGCCGUCGUCGUACUUGAUGUCGUAUACCGUCCCGCAGUCGUGCACCUUCACGAUCGUGGCCGGGUACUCUCGCUUGGGGUCGUCGCCCUCCUUCCGGGCGAGGACGCGGCCGGACUUGCGGUACGAGCGGCGGGCUCUCGCACCGUCGCGCUUCCGCGGCGACGUAGUUGGCCUUGACGCCAGGAUCUGCCGCAGGUUCGCCAGCGUGAGAUUGGAGGCCUGCUUCGCCGAGAGGCCGAUGCGGCCGAACGCGUCGUCCAGCGACUCAAAGAGCCGCUCGGAACGCGUCUCGACGAUGAGCCGCGCGCGCACCGCGCCGAUUCCCGCCAAAACGUCGCGGAGCUCCGUCUCGGACGCCGAAUUCAGUAACGCGAGGAGCGCCGUCGCCAGGCGGCCGCGCGACUCCGCCGCGACGGCCGAGAGCGCCUCCACGGCCACGCUCACCGGAGCCGCGGGUUCCUCUUCGUCGCUCUCGGGGAGCGGCGGCGGCGGCGGCGAGGGCGGCUCCUCCGCCGCGGGCCAGGCCUCGUCCGGCGACGCCGGGGCGGCGGCGCGGCGGGCCGACAGCGCGACCGACUUGCGGUGCGAUGCGACGGCCUCGCAGAGGAGGUCCGCGGCGCAGGCGUCGUCGUCCACAUCAAUGCCGCGGAGGGCGUCGA